ACACAGUUCACAAGGAUAAAAAAAUCUACUGUUCAUAUGAUCUAAAGCCAGCUGACAAUCCUCAUGUCCCAGGAAAGCUUCUUAGAGAAGCUCGAGGACAGCUGGACUCACCUGAAACAGAAAUGAACUAUAAUCAGUUGCAUGUAAAAAUGAACAUCCUAAAUGAUCCACAGGAUGAUUAUGUGCAAACGUUUUUAGAAACAAAUCCUGUGACACUUGCUGUGACUGAAAUGUUCACAGACCGGAGGUCUUAUGCAGCUGUGACUGUGCUCCUUCCGACUAGUCAAACAAAGCUGUAUAAAUUACCUGCAAACCCAUACAUUUCACUUUAUAAGCCGCAUAAUAUUACAUGGGCAGAUGUGGGUAACAGAACCAAAAUGGCUGUUGAAGCCACAGAUUUCAAAGAAGCAGAGAGAAUUUCUAGCACUCAUUCUGCACAAGCAGCAGAAUUGAUUGCUUUGACUAGGGCAUGCGAACUGGCUAAGGACAAGCACCUGACAGUGUACACAGAUAGCCAGUAUGUUUUCUCUACACUGUUUUAUUUUGCGAAACAAUGGGAGCGUAGAGGAAUGACAACCUCUACUGGGAGACCAAUAACACAUGCAUCUUUGCUUAAAGAUCUUUUACAAGCAAUACAACUCCCAACUAAACUAGCUGUAUGUAAAUGCGCAGCUCACACAAAAAGCAAAGAUGAAGUUUCAAAUGGAAACAGACUAGCUGAUAAAAUCGCUAAAGAAGCUGCAGCAGGGAAGCAUGGGAAAGGGAUAUUCUCAGCACAGACUGAAGGGGAACAACAAAUGAUAGAUAAAACAGUACUAAAAGACAUGCAGGACAAUGCACCACAGGCUGAGAAAAGGCUGUGGAUAACUAAAGGUGCAAAAAUGAAUGUCGGGAACAUUUUUGAGGUUAAUGACAAACCAGUGCUUCCUAAGUCUUUAUUUAAAGCAGCAGCAAUUGUGUCACAUGGGCGCUGCCAUGUGUCAACUGGGGGGAUGGAAACCAUAAUAAAACAACAUUUCACAACGUAUGGUUUAAAUUCUUACUUAAAAUCUUUUUGUACUGCAUGUCCAGUCUGUGUGAAAUACAAUCCUCAGGGAAACAUAAGGCCAAAACGAGGCAGGUUCCCAAAAUCAUCUUAUCCCUUUCAAACUAUGCACAUGGAUUUUAUUGAACUUUCACAAAGUGGGCCAUAUAAAUAUUGUCUGGUGAUGAUUGAUGCUUUUUCUAAAUGGGUUGAAAUAGUUCCAGCAAAGCAUGCAGAUGCUUUGACAGUAGCUAAAGCUAUUUGUAAAACUAUCAUCCCAACACAUGGCAUCCCACAGACUGUUUAUAGUGACAAUGGACCACAUUUUGUAAACCGAGUGAUACAAAACAUGGCUACACACUUGGGAAUGACAUUAAAGAAUCACUGUGCCUAUCACCCACAGAGUGCAGGGCUGGUGGAAAGAACAAAUGCUACUGUGAAAAGUAGAUUAAGAAAGUGCAUGGCAGACACUGGCCGAUCCUGGCCAGAAUGCUUAGACUUGGUGAAGCUCUAUAUGAGAAUCACCUCAACAGCUGAUGGUCUAACACCUUUUGAAAUAAUUCAUGGGAGAGCUUACAGAUUGCCUCUGUUUGCUACAGACAUACAGAAAGCUGAUGAAGAACAGACAUUAGCAGAUUAUAUGAUCAGGACUCUUAAACUGAAGGAAGUGUCCAGUGCGAAUUUACUGCCUUCUGAUUCUCCUCCUAUACAGGAAGCCAUUCCACUUGAGCCAGGUGACUGGGUCUACAUAAAAGUCAUCAAACGAAAGAACUGGACGAGUCCACGGUGGGAAGGACCAUUCCAAGACCUGAUAGACCUGACGGACGACGACGACAACAUCCCAGCUCUACCGGGAUCAUCGCGAAACGACGAAAUCCCCUCUGAACAGUCAGGAGAGGAAGAUCAUGAGGGAUCGCUCAUCGACGGCUUCACCAAGGAGCAGUUGGAGCAAGCGGCCAGGGACUGGUCCCCUCAACGGGAUCGGGGGGUCGGGUUUCAUCCCCGAGUCCACAGCACGGAGAGAAGUUUGGCCAGAAGACCCUGCCACGAGGUCCGAGGUUGGGAAAGCUACUGCAAACAACAUUAUGCUGACGAGUAUGACACUCACUCUUCUGAAGUUACUUGGCGCAAAAUCAAUGGUACUUGGCGGAGGGCCAUAGUGAGCGGACGGACCUGCACCGACGCAAUUCUGGGAUACCAUCUCCAGAAGCGCAAGAGCAUUCUGGGUCUCCCUGUUCCGUUCAUCCCAAAUCCCCUGGUGGCCAUCGCCGAAGGACAUGCUUUCCGCAAGAAUCUGUGUGAUGGGCACACAGACCCAGGGUUUGAUUGGGUCGGGCCUAACCUUUUGUAUUCCAAUCUCACCUGCGAAAUCUCCAAGGAAAUUUGGGAAAAAUGUGGAAAAGGGUCUGACCAACAUGAUUGUUACUGGUUCGAGACGUUGGGAUCAGCUAUCGUGACCACCCUUACCGACGUCGUGGAAGGCGUUGCUAACAUUGUAGAGGGAGGCCUCCACAUCGUCGGACAGUGGCUGCUAGAUGCUCUGAGCCUGCUGUGGCCAUACAUCUUGGGCCUACUGGGCGUGGCCGUGGCUUUAAUCGUUGGCAAAAUCGUCCUGGAGGUUGUGUUGAACUGA